CCAGGAUAUGGGCUAUUGCAAAAAAACAGUUAGAGGAUGGGGUUGCCAUCGAUGUGAGCAGCAGGAUUGCAGGAAACAGUGGCAGGAAGAGGGCUUUCAUGGAUUUACAAGUAGUUGCAGACACUCCUCUAAGAAAGAGGACCAAUCUGAGAGCAUUAGCAGCAGCCAUUGGGAAGCCUAAGUCCACAGUUCAUGAGUGGGUAAAGAGAGGUAUGCUUAGGAGCCAUUCUAAUGCUAUCAAACCGUACCUUACAGAAGCUAAUAAGAUUUCUAGGUUAAGGUUCUGUUUAGAUCAGAUAGAACCUCAUACCAUUCCCAAUAGCCCUGCGUUUAAGAGUUUUCACAAUGUGUUGCACAUUGAUGAGAAAUGGUUCUUUAUGUCAAAAACUUCCCAAAAAUUUUAUCUCCUUCCGGAAGAGGAAGAUCCAUACAGAGCAUGUAAAUCAAAAAGAUUCAUAGCAAAAGUUAUGUUCUUAUGUGUGGUUGGGAGACCACUUUUUGGGGAGAAUAAAGAACUGUUGCGGGAUGGAAAAGUAGGGAUAUUUCAUUUCACAGAAAAAAUGCAGGCAAAAAGGAAGAGCAAGAACAGGGAAAGGGGGGUGGUAGAGGUGAAAGCAAUCACCAGUGUUACCAAACAAAUCACAAAGGAAAUGCUCAUCAAUACAGUAAUUCCAGCUAUCCAAGAAAAGUGGCCAUCACAGUUAUCCAAAAUCAUACAGAUUCAACAAGACAAUGCAAGGCCACACAUUCAAGGAAUAGACACAGACUUUGUGGCAGCAGGUAACAGCAAUGGAUUUCAGAUCACCCUAUGUAACCAACCCCCCAACUCCCCAGACUUAAAUGUCCUAGACCUUGGAUUUUUCAGAGCAAUUCAAUCUUUAAAAGACCAAUGUGCUCCAAGUACAGUAGCUGAUUUGUUAGAUGCAGUGGAAGGAGCAUAUAAUGCUCUAAGUCCAGAAACCCUAAACAAGGUGUGGUUGAGUUACCAGCAGGUUUUAACUAAAAUCAUGGAACAUGAAGGAGGCAACAACUACAAACUGCCACAUAUGGGAAAAGACAGACUAGCAAGGGCAGGGACACUGCCAGAUUCCUUGAGCAUAGACAUAGGCUUAAUCCAGAAGACAUCAACACUGCUGGGAGAACAGAAUGGGGCUAUCAAUGCAGACAUGGUUGAGUUCAACAAUGAAGAGGGUGAUGAGUACUUCUCUUCAGAGUUGAACUGAAUCCAAUGUU